AUGUCAUUAUAUGAUGAUUUAGAUAUCAAGGAGGAGUCGGGGAGCGCAAAAAUUACAAAAUCGUCAGUAGUUUCUGGAUGGUCACCUGGGUAUAAACUUCUGGCUUCAACCUUGCAGGCAAAGAAGGCUUCAGUAUUACAACCUAAACGUAAUCGCACAAGUCAUUUGGCUCCGGUUGUAGACCUAAAGAGACAUGUGGACCCAGAUUCACCUCUGCAGUUUAACAUGCAGACUGGAAAGUUGGAGAGAGCAUUCCCGCCAUCUAUCCAGCCACAGGCUUCCAUCGCUGUUGCUCCAAUCACUCCUUCAAUUCCUUCCACAUUUAUUGCCUCAGACCCCAUCCCUUCCUUUACUGGAGUAGCAGAUGAGUAUGAUCCUCUACGUCCUAAUGAAUAUGAUGAUGUUGUGAAGAAGAUCAAAGAUGACAAGGAAAAGGAAAGGGAGAAAGACAGAAGGAAAGAGGAAAGGAGAGACAGAGAUAGAAAAGAUGAAAGGGACAGAGACCGGGAUAGAGAGAGGGACAGAAAAGACAGAGACAGGAGAAAACAAGAACGCAGAAAUGAAGAUGAAGAUGAAUCAGAAUUUGAGCAAAUGAGAAAGAGAAGAGCCCAAGAGGAGGAAGAGGAGGAAAUCGAUAGGAGUAAACGAGCUGGGGCAGCUAUAGCACCUCCCAGUAUUCUGCUGGAAGAGGCACCAGUAAAUCCUGAUGCUGAUCGACCCAAGUCUCCCACCAUGGGUAUGGGCAUGGCAAUGAUGGGGUCAGUGGCAUCGAAGAUCAUGGCUAAAUAUGGCUACAAGGAAGGUCAGGGGCUCGGAAAAUCUGAACAGGGAAUGAGCACAGCUUUGUAUGUUGAGAAGACAAGCAAACGAGGAGGCAAGAUCAUUCAUGAAAAAGAUAUUCCUAAAGAGGUGACACAGUCGAACACAAAUUUGCUCAAGAACUUGUCCAAAGUUGUUAUACUGCAGAACAUGGUUGGGCCAGGUGAGGUGGAUGAAGAUCUGGAACCAGAGACGGCUGAAGAGUGUACCAAAUAUGGAAAAGUCAAUAAGUGCGUCAUAUAUGAGAUCCCUGAGGCACCAGAAGAGGAAUCUGUGAGGAUCUUUGUGGAAUUUGAAAGACAAGAGUCUGCUGUCAAAGCCGUGAUUGAUCUGAAUGGCCGGUUUUUUGGAGGUCGUAUUGUCAAGGCCUGCUUUUACAAUUUGGAUAAGUUUAGAAGAAUGGAUUACCAUAGUCCUGUUGAGUAG